AUGUGGUUGCCCCGUGCUAUAUGGGCGAUCAUUCUUGCCGUGGUUGUCAUGAUGGCUGUGCCGUUAGUUGUGGACGCCUUCUACAUUCCCGGUGUGCAGCCCAAAUACUAUGCAGAGGGCGAGACAGUGCCGUUUAUGGUGAACUCUCUCCGUUCCCUGAAGGUGCUGUUUCCACAGCGGUACUACAAGCUGCCGUUUUGUGCGCCCAAGACACUUGAAACAAAGGCGGAGGCCAUUGGUGAGGUUAUCUGGGGGGACUACAUUCAGAACUCCCUUUACUCGGUAAAUAUGAAGGAAAACUCCACCUGCACGCUACUCCCUGAUUGCGACGUGGAGGAGAACAAUCGGAACAUCAGGAGAAAAAUACGCAUGAUGGAAAAGUACAUUGAGAGUGGCUACCGAGGCUUUAUGAACAUUGACAAUCUUCCCGUCUUUGGGGAUGGACUGCCUGAGUAUCUUGUCUCUUGCAAGGGUAAGUUAAAAGACAUGCAGUACAGCUUCUACCGUGGCUACGCCCUCGGUGUGCCCCGGUUGUGUCUCGGCAAGACACUCAUUAACAAUCAUCUGGAUUUUGUCAUUGAAUACAACACCGCUCCAGGGGAUAGCAGCAAGUUUAUGGUUGUUGGUCUACGGGCGACACCCCACAGCAUUAAGUACGACGAUGCAAACAGCUGUAACAAUACUAUGAAAUUCCGGAGAGGCGAGAUGGCGUUUCUCACCACAGAUGACGUGCGUGAGGGUGCGAAGGUAUACUGGACGUAUAGUGUUGCAUGGCAGCCUUCAAACGUUCUUUGGGCAACACGUUGGGAUGCCUAUCUUCAUAGCUCCUUGGCAGACUCUAGUGCUGCUUUUCAUUGGCUUUAUGUUUUUAGUAGCCUGCUGAUUGUUUUUUUGUGUGCUACCGCCGUUGCCAUGGUAUUGAUGCGAGCCUUACACAAGGAUUUUAACCGUUACAAUUCUCCUGAUCAGGAUGACAAUCAGGAGGAUACUGGCUGGAAACUGGUUCAUGCAGAUGUGUUUCGUACCCCGUAUAGAGCGCCACUGUUGGCCGCACUCGCAGGGAAUGGGUUUCAGGUACUGGCCAUGUUCAGUGGUGUAUUACUCUUUGCACUGUUGGGCUUUCUUUCUCCCGCGCGGCGUGGUGCUCUUCUGACCGCCAUCAUUCUCCUUUUCGUGUUUAUGUCAGUUGUGGCUGGGUAUAUGUGUGGGUUACUGCUUAAGUAUUUUAACCGUUGUGAAUGGAAACAUGUGUUCUUCUGCGGUUGUGCCUUCCCUGGGACAAUAGUCGCUGUCUACACCUUUGCGAACACGAUCAACUGGGCACACGGCUCCACGGACACCGUACCCUUCUCUGUCUUGUUUACCAUCUUCUUGCUGUGGCUGCUGAUCAGCUUGCCACUGACGGUGUUGGGUGCGUCCUUCUCAUUUAGGCAGGAGCCACUCUCGAACCCUGUGAGAGUAGGACGGUUGGCGCGGGAGAUUCCACCACAGGCGUGGGCAAACAGUCCCGUAUUUUUGUACACCAUUCCACCCAUCUUUCCUCUUUUUGCAAUUAUUUUGGAGCUAAAUUUUGUACUGCAGGCUCUGUGGGCCGGCCAGGUAUAUUACGUUUUUGGUUUUCUUGCCCUGGUCUUUCUGCUCUGGGUCAUCAUUACGGCCCUCGUGACGGUUUUCCACCUCUACUACGUUCUCUGCUACGAGAACCAUCAAUGGUGGUGGAUCAGCUUUAUUCUUCCUGGAGGACUAGGAGUUCACGUUUUUGUGUACUCGAUCUACUUCUAUGCGACCCAGCUUGCCAUAAGCUCGUUUGCCUCAACGCUACUGUACUUUAUGUACAUGGGGUUGCUCUCUUAUGCCUACGGCCUCUCAGCAGGGGCGAUUGGGCUCAUUUCCGGCAUAUUUUUUUUGCGCAAGAUAUACGGGAGCAUUAAAGUUGAUUGA